AUGGUCCUGACAACUCACGUACUAACAUUCGCGGCAUUUGAUAUCGCUUAUCCGUUCCGCCGAGGCAUUGACAUCUCCUCCACUAAGGACAUAGAUUUUCGUGAUGCGUUCUCGUUGCUACUUGGUAACUUCUUGAUCAUGGCAGGCGUACCGCGACAGAUAUUGGAAAUGCCCUUUAUCCCUCUGGCCUGGGCCAAAGUUGGCCAGGCGAUACGCACAAUUGAAGCAUAUAUCCAAGCUUUGAUGGAAAAGGAGAAAGCUCUUUAUAUGGAAGGCUCGAUGGGUGGGCGUAAUCUUGUCGGCGACCUCGUCCGGGACUCUUGGGACUCCAGACAAACCACAAAUUUUCCUCAAAAGGGCCACUCGCUUCCCGUGACGCCGUCUAGAAUGAGUCUUAGCGAAGCCGAAAUAUUCAGCAAUGUUUUCAUGUUCAUGGCCGCUGGUCAUGACACGGUUACGCAGACACUGACUUACUCAAUUCUCUACUUAGCAACCUACCCUGAAUGGCAAAGGUGGAUCGCCGAAGAAAUUCAAGCAAUAACUCUAGAGACCCCGGACACCGACAACUGGGAUUACGAGGCCCGCUUUCCGCGCUUCAAACGCUGCAAAGCAAUCAUGCUCGAAAUCCUGCGCCUCGUUCCUGUUAUCGCCGCAGUUCCCAAGUACACCGCUGAUCGUGAUCAGACUAUAACUGCCGCCGGCAAAACCUUUACCAUCCACGGCGGACCCUCGUCCUUUCCAACCUGA